AUGGCAUCUUGCAUCCUCUUCCUUCUUCCCCUCAUCUUCUUCUCCUCCCUUUCCUCCGCCGCCGGACCACACGCCCUCGUCGCCCCUCUCACCAAAGACUCCCGAACCCUUCAAUACCUCACCCGCAUCAACCAGCGCACUCCUUCCAUCACCCUCACCCUCGCCGUCGACCUCGGCGGUCGCUACCUCUGGGUUGACUGCGACUCCAGCUAUAUCUCCUCCACCUACCGCCCCGCUCGCUGCCACUCCUCCCUCUGCUCCCUCGCCGGCUCAGACUCCUGCGGCGACUGCUUCUCCUCCCCGCGCCCCGGCUGCAACAACAACACCUGCGGCGUCUUCCCUGAAAACCCCUUCAUCCGAACCAGCACCUCCGGCGAGCUCGCAGUCGACGCUCUCGCCCUCCGCUCCACGGACGGCUCCACUCCUUCCACCCCCGUCUCCGACCCCGCCUUCCUCUUCUCCUGCGCCCCCCGUUUUCUCACCCGCGGCCUGGCCGUCGGCGCAGUCGGCAUCGCCGGUCUCGGCCGCACCCGCGUCGCACCUCCCACCCAACUCGCAGCAAAAUUCAGCUUCCGCCGCCGCUUCGCUCUCUGCCUCCCUUCCACCCCGCGCGCCUCCGGCGCUCUCUUCUUCGGCCCCGGCCCCUAUAACUUCCUCCCAGGCAUCGACGCCUCUCAAUCCCUCCUCUACACUCCUCUCCUCACCAACCCCGUCAGCACUGCUGGAACGUACAGCCCGGGGGAACCUUCCUACGAAUAUUUCAUCGGCGUCACCGCCAUCAAAGUCGGCGACACCGUGUUGCCGUUAAACAAGACGCUGCUGACCAUCAAUAAGAAGACCGGAUACGGUGGAACGAAGAUAAGCACGGCGGUGCCGUACACGACGCUCGAGACGAGCAUAUACAAGUCAUUGACUUCGGCGUUUGCGGCGGCGCUGGCGAACGUGACGAGGGUGGCGGCGGUGUCCCCGUUCAAGCUCUGUUACGACGCGAAGGGUUUGGGGAGCACGAGGGUGGGCCCGGGGGUGCCGGCGGUGGACCUCGUGCUGCAAAGCGAGGCGGUGUUUUGGAGCAUCUUCGGCGCGAAUUCGAUGGUGGAGGCGAGGGACGGAGUGCUCUGCUUCGCGUUUGUGGACGGAGGGAGGACGCCGAGAACGUCGAUUGUGAUCGGCGGGUUUCAGUUGGAGGACAAUUUGGUGGAGUUCGAUUUGGACUAUUCGCGGGUUGGGUUUAGCGCCUCGUUGCUGUUCCGGCGGACCACUUGCUCCAACUUUAACUUUACCUCCAUCGCCUGAUGAAUGGACGGAUAAUGGAUUUAUUUCUGAUGCUUUUUUAUUUAAUAAAAAUAAGCUGUGGUCCUUUUUUUUUUUUUUUUUUUAAUAAUAAGAAUGUUAUGUGAAAUGGUGCGAUUAAUUUAUUAUAUUUGAAUUU